AUGCUGACCACUCAAGGGUCGAGCCCGGCCGCGUGGCUCGAGUUUAGCAUCUCGUCCUCGGCCGGGCCCGAGGUGCCCGUGCCCCUGCGCGAGAACUGCCGCCGCGGCCUGAUGCGUAUCGACUACCAAGGGAAUGGUGGUGUGCCCAACGAGGAGCAAGAAGAAAGGGCUGCCGUCUCGUCGUCCUUAUCCGUUUACCGCGCUGCCGUGGCCGCUUGUAUGGACGAGCUGCCUGCUGACGACUACUACCGCGACCUGCUCGAUGUAGGUCUCGAGUUUGGCCCAACCCAUGGCGUCGGUCAAAUCGAAAGCAGCAUGGACCUUUUCGACCAAGCUUCGUCGCGCCGCUACGUCAAGGUGCGCGGCUACGUGGCCACCGCUGCCAUCGCCACCGACCGAGGCGGUAAUUCGGACGUUAAACCGGGUUUGGCUUAUUUUACCCGUUGGGAAACCUCGUUUGACCUUGCCGACAAGGAUGGACUGGCAAAUCUUGUGGCAGAACAGGUUGCGCCAGAUGACAAGGUGAAGAGAAUUGUGGCCAUGAUCCCUCCACGAGCCUUCGUCUACCGUCGUCGCAAGUCCCCCAUCCCAUCGCAGCAGCGCGUCAAGUAUGCCUUGCUGGACCGCUCGGAGGCUCCUGAUGUCUGUGGCGGCUCCAUUUUAGAGAUGGAGCCCGGCCAGCACGUCGUUUGCUUGGUCGAGUUGGAGAAUCCGUUGAUGGACCGCCUUGGCCCAUCCGACUUUGAUCUAUUCAGGAAUCUCGUGGGCAAGGCCGGGAGUCUGCUUUGGGUGACUGCCCUAAGCGGGCUGUCUGCCUACGUAAUUGACGGCCCUUUGCGGGUCGCCAGGAGAGAACUCAGCAACCAGAGAUUGAAGGUGCUGCACCUCUCUUCCAUAGAAAGUGACCCAGCCCUCGCGGCCAAGGUGGUCAUGGAAAACCACCAACUCAACGCCAAGGUCUCGUCGUAUGCAGGCACCGGCACGCAUAAGGAGCCCAUUAAAUCCUGUGGGCUUCCUAUGGCUCUGGGAAUAUCCAAACCCGGACUUUUGGACACCCUUCGCUUCGCUCCCAAGGGAGAACCGACCGAGUUAAAAGACCACGAAAUAGAAUUUCAGGUCAAAACAUCUGGACUCAAUUUCCGGGAUAUUAUGAUUUCCAUGGGCCUACUUAACUAUGCUCAUCUCGGGUUCGAAAGCGCCGGCGUCGUGCUCAAAACCGGAAGCAAAGUAACCAACGUCCGAGCUGCCGACCGUGUUCGAGCGCACGUCUUUGGUUCUCACGCCAACAUUACCCGUACAAUGGACGCUUGGUGCUCGCUGAUUCCCGAUACGAUGUCUUUUGAAGAAGGAGCAUCGCUGCCCGUCAUUUUUACAACGGCUUACCACGCCUUGGUAAACCUCGCGAAACUCCGCCCGAAACAAUCUGUUUUAAUCCACGCCGCGGCUGAAGGCGUGGGCCAAGCCGAUAUUCAAAUUGCCAAAUAUUUAAACGUUGGAAUAUUCGCCACUGUCGGGUCACAAUAUAAAAAACAACUCAUCAUGGACACUUACGGUAUCCCAGAAAAUCACAUCUUUAGUUCUCGCAAUGCGAGCUUCCUUAUGGGCGUGUAA